GGGAGAUCCGGGAAAAGGAGGAGGAGGAGGAGCCACGGCUAAGUAACCUUCAGGCUCUCGCAGGCUCUCAGGGAGCAGAUCAGAACAGAAACUUAACAGGCAUUCUGGAGACCCAGCGUCUGAAGCCCGGGAAGAGUCUCUUGAGUCUAGAGCUACUUCCCAGAGCCCUGAGGUACCGUCUAGGAUUGGGAAGCUGAGCCUGCAGCCCCAAUUCCACAGCUUCAGAGCAUCUACCCGCUGCUCCCCCUCCCAUUUCCUGGCGUAAGGAAGCAGCCAGCUUGCCGAGCAUCUGACUUUCACCUCCUAGGACCCCUGUCCAGUGCUGACCCUUACCACCUGUUUCCUAGAAGAAACAACCCACCCUAGGAGUCGCCAUGGGGAAGAUGCUCCCAGCCCAGGAGGCAGCAAAAAUCUACCACACCAACUAUGUGAGGAAUGCCCGAGCCAUGGGGGUCCUGUGGGCCCUGUUCACCCUCUGCUUUGCUGUGAUCAUGGUGGUGACUUUCAUCCAGCCCUACUGGAUCGGGGACAGCAUUGACACACCACAGGCUGGCUACUUUGGCCUUUUCUCCUACUGCAUUGGCAAUGCCCUUACAGGGGAACUCAUCUGCAAGGGCAGCCCGCUGGACUUUGGCACCAUCCCCUCAAGUGCCUUCAAAACGGCCAUGUUCUUUGUGGGCAUCUCAACCUUCCUCAUCAUUGGCUGCAUCUUCUGCUUCAGCCUCUUCUUCUUCUGCAACGCAGCCACUGUCUUCAAGGUGUGCGCUUGGAUGCAGCUGGCAGCAUGUGCAGGCUUGUCCAUAGGCUGCCUGCUCUACCCUGACGGCUGGGACUCACCUGAGGUGAAACGUAUGUGUGGUGAGAAGACUGACAAAUACACACUGGGGGUGUGCACAGUGCGCUGGGCAUACAUCCUCUGCAUCAUUGGGAUCCUGGACGCCUUCAUUCUCUCCUUCUUGGCAUUUGUGCUUGGCAACCGGCAAGACAAUCUCCUUCCAUCUGACUUCCAAGUGGAUAAUAAAGAAGAAGGAAAUGAAUGAAGACAAACAACCUCAAGUGUACCUUGAUUGAAGUGGGCGACAUACACAUUCCAACUAUGACGGUGGAGUCCAGAAGGCUGCUUGAUACACGCUCCCAGACUUUUAUUGCCUGCAGACAUUCAAUUGUGCUCUGACACAAAACCAAAGGCACCUCAAAAGGGGGGGGGGGAGUGAGGACUCCUUUUGUAAAAUUAACCCAUCUUUCUGCGGAAAGAUCACCUACUAGAUUCUCAAAACCUUUGCCUUUGCCAAGAACUAUACCCAAAUAUUCUUGAACUGAAGAUCUGCUAUGCAAGAAUCAACAUAUUCAUGACAUUCUCUUUUAACUGAGGGAUCCAAUCAAUCAAGAGACAAUGCAGGCAUAUAAUAAGUAACAAGCAGCCUAUGUGAAGUAAUCUGUUCCCUCCUUUGUUUACAUGAAGCCAGAGUGGAAAGCCACAAAAGUAACUGAGGCCCAAUGACAGGCAUGCCCAGGAGGAUAGUAGACUCCCUUCUUUGAAGAAUGACUUUCUAUCCUGCACUACAGAGUGAUCGUGAAGCUUCCUUCCGGUCAUGAGUUUGCUGUGCAUCAAGGAGAGGUGCUGACCAUGGAGAAUAUCUCAUUAGGUGUGCAGUUGCUUGCAGUUUUCCAAAUUUGGUCUUUUAUUCUGUUCUUAUGUUCAGUGUAGCCUGAGGUUUUCCGUAAAGCAUAGAUGAAAGAAAUCUGCAGCAAAAAUUAGCAGUUCCAACAAGAUGCAGUAAUACCGGUACCCAAGGAGAAUAGGUCUAUAAGCAAGUCCCAGACAUCAGCCACAAAGCUAACCCUCCCCUCCCUUACCCUUACCAAAUAUCCCACUAAGAUACCAAAAGAACCACAGAACAAGCAAAACAUGCUAGUAGUUGGUAAUGCAUUUCUGCAGUAUGCUCUGUCCACUGCACAGAGCGUAUUAGAAAUAAGCUCAAAUGAUAAGAUUAUGCUAAACAGAUCUACUCUGAAACCCAAGAGUAUUAACUGGAUUUCUCUUUAUGGUUAAUUAUCUGGGACAAUUCAAACAUCUCCUCCUGCAAUGAGACCAGUAUUGCAUUAAGAUGAUACAGAGUUAAAAAAACCUGCUAGUAUUGUAAUGUAAAUCUUAACUUAGACCAUGAUAAUGAAAUGUCUGAUCAAUUAUGCAUUGUGGUUUAUGCUUUCAAGAAUUAAUUUCAUCAUCUUUUCUCCAGCAGUCUAAAAGCAGACCACCAUUUCCUGAACUCAUCAGCCACCAAUAUUCUUUGUUUCCUUUUCCUGCCCUGCAGCCAUGCAACUAGAUCACUAUAUCCCCGUAACACAACAGUGCUUGGAUUUAAUUUAAGCUUCUCACUGUCUCACAGCCUGUUCAGAUAAGAGGCUCUACUGUACAAAACCUGUGGAUGAAUAUAGACAGCAUAUCAAAAGUACCUGUGGAUUAUUUAAUAACCUGUUUAUUGUGCUGCUGCAUUUACAAAGAAAAAAAGACAAUGCACCCAAUAGAAAGAAUAAAAAUGUAUUUUUUUCCUUCAGGUUUUAGAACGUCAAAACAAGUACAAAUCUGUUACUGAGCACUUUAUGGCAAUUUGGAAGUUGAGUGAAUCCAAUGUGAGCCCCCAAAUAUGUAGGCCAUCCUGACAAGCUACCUCUUGUAUUAUCCCAGAACUUCUCUCUUAGUGCAAAAGAGGUGGCAGCAGCCUUCUUCGGUGGAGGGGAACCUAUAUCAAAACCCAAGAGAUGCAGCCCCCACACCUAGGAGCAUUUUGUUCCAUUCAGGUAGGCAAGAUGUUGAUGCAAACUAGGUUGCAUUGACACCGGAAAUUCAAUUCUCCCUGCCAGCAAGUUUUCACAGUAUUCAAAAAGAAAGUAUGUAUUUAUACAUUCUAUUUCGAUCCUUACAGUCAAGCAAAGAAGUGCUUCUUGGAGGUGAGGACAAUACUUUAGAUAACAGGAGUAUCAUUUAAAACUAUUGGAACCUUUUCCUUUUCAUCUUAAGAUUGUACAAAGAGAACAUUGCUUAAGAUCUCCUAAAUGGACAUGCAGCACAAAUUUUGCAAAAGCCUCAGUCAGGUAUAAUAUGACAGUGCAGCCAAAUUCCAAAGUGAAGGAGGUAUGAUGGUUAAACUUCCAUUUAAGAUAAAGUGAAAUAAAACUGCACCAGAUUUUUUUUGCAAAGGAUAACGAGGGUUUAAGAUGACUAUAAACUGGGAUUUCUGCCAAGAGAAAACAACCGAGAAGAGUGUUUUCCUGCUGGUAGCUUUUGCAUUGAAUUGUCCCUCAGAGUGCCUUCAAUUCUGAGUCCUCCAGCAGUUUCCAGCCUGGGAGAAUUUUGCAAUCUCAAAGGCCUAUUUGGUCCAUGGGAAGUCUCCAAACCUUACAUUUGAGCAAGAUGCUGGGGAUUUAAAAAAACAAAC